AUGACAGAUAAUACUAAUAAUAAGAUUAGAUUAAAAGAAGAAACAGUUUUAAAAAUAAUUAAAUUAGCAUUUGAUUGGUCAUGUAGAAGAAAUGAUAGUUGGUGUCUUUCAAUGGCAUUAGUUAGUUGGAAGUUCUACUCUAUCAUUAAAUCAUUCAACAAUCAAGUUCCACUAUUAUUAUUUAAAACAUCAAAACAUCAAUCAAAAAAAACACUUAAAGAUUAUGCUGGUCAUGUUGGAAAUAACAAAUAUUUAAUCAUACCAGAAAAGAUCACUUCCUUCAAAUCAAACUAUUAUAUCAAUGAAUUAAAAACAAAUCCCAAUGCAAUUCAACCAUACCUAUUCUUUAUUGAUAAUGCUAAAUUGAUAACUAUCGAUCUUAUUCAUACAACUGAUAAUAAUUUCUUACAAUGGUUUAAUAAUAAUAAUAAUAAUAAUAAGGUUGGAAAAUCAAUUACCAGUUUGGAUGUUUCAAUCAAUGCAGAUAAAUCAAUCAUCAAGCCAUUAGAUAGUUUAAAACUAUAUACAUUGUGUCCAAAUAUUCAACAACUAUCCUUUUAUCAUCCUUCCAACAGUAUUAGAUAUUAUUAUACUAAACAAGAUGAUAAAAUAAUGAUUGAUAAUCCACAAGUUUCCCCAUUUAAAAUAUUGGUUUCAUUAAUACCUUUAAUUGAUUCAUAUCAAAGAUCUUUGACAUGUAUAUCAUUUAAAAACCUCGCAUUCUUGGAUAUAAUGGAUGAUCGAGAUUGUUUAUUUCAAUCUUUGGGCAAGUUACCACAACUAGGGUCUUUCAAGUUACAUCUAAAUCAAACUAGAAACCACGCUUCAAUGGAGGAAGCAGAUAUUCUAUUUAAAUCAGUUUAUAAUUUAAUUAAAUUAAAAGCUUCAACUUUGAAAAGUCUAUCAAUCAACUUUGGAAUAUAUGAAACACUUCCAUCAGAAUGUUCAUAUCAACAAGAAGCAAGAGAAAUGGUUAAAUAUAUUUUCACAGACACUGAACAUUGUCAAAUCAAUAGAUUGGCCAUUAACAUGGAGAUAACUGAUAUUCCUUGUACAUUAAUUAGAAGAUUAUCAAAAUUAAAGAUUAGACCUUAUAUUACAAGGAUUGAUGAGAUAGAAGAAGGUAUUGAACUUGAAGAAGAAAUAGAAAAACAAAAAAGAGAGUUGGUUCCAAACCUUGAUAGAUAUUUGGAACUAUUAUCAUCCAUCUCAAAGAAUGUCAAUUAUUUAUCAAUUGGUGCACCCGAGAUAUUGGAGAAUUUAAUAGAGUCUGAUUCACCUGCACCUCUACCAAAUCUAUUAUCAUAUGGUCCAGUUUUCAAAUUAAGUCAACAGACUGUACUGGCAAUCAAACAAUGUCAAAAGUUUAAAGUAGUUGAAUUUAAAGUAGAUGAAAUAGAUCAAGAGAUGGAAAAUGAAAUUAAAUCAAACAUUUCAAUUUGGAAUAGAGAAUCAUGUAUAAUUAAAUUAAAAUAA